AUGGCUAAUGCACGAAUAUUAAGGGAAUUGGCUGCUUCUGAUUUAAAUCAGCAGCCUUUAUGCAUUACUUUCCCUACCUUAAAUGAUAACACUCCAUUUGAACUAAAAUCUGGUCUGAUUCAUCUUUUACUCUCUUUUCAUGGUUUACCAGGUGAAGAGCCGUAUAAGCAUCUGCAGGAGUUUGAUAUCGUGUACAAUAGUAUGAAACCCCCGGGAAUCACAGAAGAGCAAAUAAAAAUGAGGGCAUUUCCCUUUUCUUUGAAAGAUUCUGCAAAGGACUGGUUGUACUACCUGCCACCAGGUAGCAUCACUACGUGGGAACAAUUGAAGAAAAAAUUUUUAGAUAAAUAUUUUCCUGCGUCCAGGGCUACAAGUCUAAGGAAAGAAAUUUGCGGGAUUAAGCAGCACUCAGGAGACAGGAGCAUAAUUGAUGCUGCAAAUGGAGGGGCACUGGUGAACAAAACCCCUCAGGAAGCAAGGGAGUUAAUAGGGGGGAUGGCAGAGAAUUCACAACAGUUCGGUACGAGGGAGGAUGUCCCAGUACGCAAGGUGAAUGAGAUUGAGACAUCCUCUAUCCAGCAGCAGCUAACUGAGUUGACCUCGUUUGUUAGACAACUGGUUGUGGAAAAUGCAUCUCAGGCCAAGUUGUGCGGGAUUUGCACUGGUAUGGGUCAUUCUACAGACAUGUGCCCAGCGAUUCAGGAAGAAAGUGCAGAGCAAGUGAAUAUUGCUAGUCACGCGCCCGCGCCAAGAAGGCCCUAUGACCCGUACUCGAAUACGUACAAUCCCGGCUGGAAGGACCACCCGAAUUUCAGUUAUGGAGGGAAUAGGCAGCCCAACUUUGCACCGAACAAGCAGUCUAAUUUCGUGUCAAAUAAGCAACCAGGGUACCAGCAACAGUACCAACCCCGACCACCUCCGCCCCCAAGCUCUGGCCCAUCUCUGGAGGAGAUGAUGAAACAACUGUUGGCAAUCAUUACGCAAAAUCAGCAGAGGACGGACUCCAAAAUGCAGGACAUAAGAAAUCAGAUGAGUCAAAUGGCCACAACAAUCAACCGUUUGGAGUCCCAAUCCCAAAGUAAAUUGCCGUCUCAGCCUGAAUUAAACCCGAAGAACGUAAGCGCAAUGACCCUAAGGAGCGGGAAGGAAAUCCAAGGACCCGACCCUGUGACUCCUAAGGACAAGGAUGAGGAACGAAUCGAGAAAGAGUUGGAAGAGGAAGGCAGAGAUACCAAAAAUCCAAAGGUAAUCUUGAAUCCAAUCAUUGCAGUUAGGACUAAUCCACCUCUCUUUCCUAGCAGGUUAGAAAAACCAAAGAAGCAGGACAAGGAGAAAGAAGUCAUGGAGAUCUUUCGCAAGGUGGAGAUCAACAUUCCCCUACUGGAUGCGAUCAAGCAAGUACCUCGAUAUGCAAAGUUUUUGAGAGACUUGUGUGUCAACUGA